AUGGAUUUAAGAAACUUGAUAUCCACAAAUGUUAGCGACGCUCCUCUCAAGAACGGGAAGAGUGAAGCUUCCAAAAAGCUAAUGAAAUCGCAGGAUAACAUACGUUUAACAGAAAAUGAAAAAUUAGGCCAGAUUCAUCCAUUGAAUAAGUCACAAUCAAGACUCUCCAUACAUGACUUGAUGAAUAAUGAUGAAACUCCUGCUUCAAAUCAAUAUUUAAAACCACUGGAACGUGAAAAUUUGGGCAAGGCACCUUUGACGCCACUGAAAACGAAUAUAUCAUCCUCUCCAACAAGUAGUAUAACUGGAAUACAAAUGCAAGCCUCCACGCAUGAAACCAGGGAGCCACAGCAGAGAAAUAUGGAAAUUAACUCAUCACCAAAGACACCGGGUCACGAUAUUAGAAGAAGAAGUAGUAUUAGUAUUAUAACAAAUGAUGAGGAUGUUGAUAUGCUUGGAAAUAAAACCCCAAAUGCUGCUCUUAGACAUUCAACAAGUACGAAUAAGACAAAUACAUCAAACACCGAUUUCUCAAACAAGGAGCAAGAUGCAAAAUCCAAAAUUGAUGUUACGAAUGAAUUGAAGAAAAGAAAGCUGAAGACGACGAGAGGAAGACCAAAGAAAAGGAUUAAGAAAACUGAAAAAAAGGAAACAAAGAAGAGCAUGACUGUUGGGGACAGGGAAGAUGGCAAAGAAACGAAAAAUACUGCAGAUAUCGAGGCACAUAAUGCAAUUCAAGAAGAGAUACAAAAUUUAGAAGAACUGAAGCAUGAAGAGGAGACAGAAGAGCAUAAACAGAACAAACCAAGAAGAUAUGAAGAAAAACCAACUUGGGCGAAAGAUUACAUUCCAAAAUUGCUACUUCAAGAACAGAAAAAGCACCAAUCGUUUGCCAACCCAACUAAAUUGACAGUUCCUUCCAUAACAGGUAGUAUUCCUAGAAAUGAUUUCAACAAGUUGGUUACUGAAUGGAUUUGGGCUAAUGUUGAGGGAAUCAAGCACGAAUUUUCAGAUGUCCCGCACGUGGAGAAUUUCAUUGAAUUGGAAUUGAAACUAGGAAAUAUAUGGGACAAAGUGAAAGAUCAAAGGAUACAGCUACCAGUUAAUACCGAGAGUGUGGUAAACAUGGAUUAUAUACAUCAGAACUGCUUUUUUCAAGGUGGAAUGCCUCAGAAAAGCUUUAAAGAUAUAAAAGAAUUUUUACAAGGCUUAGUUAAAGAUGGACAGACAGGAAGAAGGAAGGAUAAAUUUAUCAUUGAAACGUCACAUAAUGUUGACCUAAUAGCUUCUGAAAAAAGAAGGAACGACAAACUAGUGACAGGGCGUGUGACUCUGGAUGUUAAAACUAAGAGACGAGUUGCAAGCAUAGAUAAACAAAGAGUUUCCGAUCUUUUCAUAUAUAUGCCAGGUACAUUAUUUGAUUUGAGGUUAUCAAUGUCUUUAGAACUUCCACAUGAAAUGAAUGAUGCGGCAUUCGAAAACUUCAAGAGAAGAGUCACAUUAACGAGGGACAAGGAUAGAAUGAGUUACAUUCAUCAGUCUACUGCGACGAGACUGGAUUUAACGAAGGUUGUUGAAAAUGAAACAACGAGAUAUGAGCUGGAAUUGGAGAUGAACACCCCUGAACUAUUGAGGAGCAUGAGUAUUAUUUCUGAUGAUCCAUUGUACUACGUGGACCUAGUCCAGGCCUUUUUAGACAACGGAAGAAUUAUUUCGCGGCAGUUGAGUGUUCAACAUUGA